CUGACAAUUUUAAAAUGCCAACUGAAAAAUCUUUUCAUCACAGGGCUUCACCAGCUCUUAAACAGACCAAUAAACCUUUCAAGUCAAAGCACGCGACAAAAAGUGCUCUUAAAGAUAAGAGUAAAGGUAAAGUAAAGCGCGUGUCAAUCAAAAAUCAAGUAAAACCACUUUCCACGAAAGCAGACCGACGUAAUACUGCAAAACAACAACAACAGAAACGAAGGGAGGCAUUGUUCAAAGCGAAUAGAUUUUUUGAUGGGUUGCGUGGUGCCCCGAAAAUUGUUGCUGUAAUUCCUUUAUGUCCAGAUGUUAAAGCUUACAGUGCAGUCGUAAAUAUUUUUGGAAGUAUAGAUCAAACAGUCCCAUCGCUUACAAAAGGAGUCGUUUUAUUAAAUGCUGAAAGAUUCAAACAAAAAGUACAAUUUAUUUUAUUGGAACGUAAUUUCAUCGAUAUAUUAGAUGCAUGCAAAGUAGCAGAUUUUGUUGUAUUUGUGAUGUCUGCUGAGGUGGAGGUUGAUAACUUUGGUGAACGAUGUGUAAAAGCAAUUCAGGCGCAAGGUGUACCGACUGUUAUCCCCGGAGUUAUGCACAUCGAGCUUCAAUCACCAAAAAAACGUAACGAUGUAAAAAAAUCACUUUUGAGCUUUAUAAAUUAUUUUUUUCCGGAUGAAGAAAAAAUUUAUUCUCUUGAUGUCUCCCAGGAGGUUCUUAGUUUAUUAAGAACAAUCUGUACACAACUUCCGAAAAACAUACAUUGGCGAGAUACUCAUCCGUAUAUGUUAGCAGAUGAUGUUGGCUUUGAUGUUUAUUCUGAAAAUGAGAAUUUUGGAACACUUCGAGUUACCGGGUAUGCGCGAGGAAAUCCUUUUUCAGCAAAUCGAUUAGUGCAUCUACAAAACUUUGGAGACUUUCAGUUGACACAGAUUACGUCAUGUCCCGUAUCUAACGACAAGACUGAUGAAAUGGCAAUGGAUAUCAAAGUUUUAGACUUGCCAGCGUCAGAUUUACAAGAAACAUUGGUGGCGGAGAAUGAAUCUGAUUUUAUGUCAAACGAGCAAACAUGGCCAACUCGUGAAGAAUUAGAUGAAGGCGAGGUUCGGUCGACUCCUAUGAAUCUUGAAGAUAUUCCUGAUGCGAUACCUGGAACUACUCCUAAAAGAGUAUUAAAGCGAGUUCCAAAAGGAACCUCAUCUUAUCAAGCGGCAUGGAUUAUCGAAUUAGAAGACAGAAAAAGUAUUUCUAGUUUACAUUUGUCGCCGGAAGAAGAAAAAAGACAACUUAAAGAAUAUAUGGAAAAGAUUGCAAAACAGCAGCGUGAUGAUUUAGAAUUUCCCGAUGAAGUAGACACUCCAGUUGAUACGCCAGCACGAAUUCGUUUUCAACGAUAUCGUGGGUUACAAAGUUUCCACAAAUCCCCGUGGGACCCUUAUGAGAAUUUGCCAGUUGAUUACUCUCGAAUUUUCGAAUUCGAGAACUUCAAAAGAACAAAAAAUCGUGUAUUACGAGAAGCGAGCACUGGAAUUGUCAAACCGGGUCAAAGGAUUACCUUGCAUGUUGCUAAUGUGCCCAAAGCUAUAUUGGAAAUAUUUAAUUCAUAUAGACCUUUCAUUGUAUUUGGUCUUCUUCGGUAUGAGCAUAAAAUAUCUGUGUUAAAUUUUACUGUCACUAGGAAUAGUGAAUUUAAAGAACCAGUGAAAUCAAAGGAUUCUCUUAUACUUCACUGUGGAUUUCGGCGUUACGUGGUUCGACCUUUAUACUCGGAAAACAUUAAGGGUAGCAAGGGAGCUAAUAAUGUACAUAAAUUUGAGAGAUUCUUUAAUUUGGGGCGUACAUGUAUAGCAACAAUAUAUGGACCUAUUCAGAUGGGAAAUUUGCCUGUUAUACUUUACAAAGAUACAGGAAAUGUUAAUGCUCCUAUCUUUGUUGCAACUGGCACUUUUACUAAUGUUGAGCCGAAACGUAUUAUCGCCAAACGCAUCUGUCUUACCGGAUAUCCUUUUAAAGUGCACAAGAAAUCUGCAGUAGUCCGUUAUAUGUUCUUCAAUCCUGAUGACGUGUUAUGGUUCAAACCUAUACAAUUAACAACGAAAUAUGGCCGCACUGGGCAUAUACGCGAAUCACUCGGAACUCAUGGUUAUAUGAAAUGCGUGUUUGACGGCCCGAUCGGACAACAGGAUACCGUAGUAAUGAAUCUCUAUAAACGCGUGUUCCCUAAGUGGAACACAACGAUUCUAUGGCGAGGUGGAGUUGAAGGGAAAGUUGAGGAAAAUAAUGAACAGGUGAUCACCAAAGAAAUGAUACUCGACAAUAAUACUUAA